AUGGAAUCCGUCACCGAGUCUCGUGAUCGGUAUAAUCUCCGCAAAGCGCUCACCGUCAUGGAAAGGGACAUCAACGCCCUUGAAAAGACGGAUAUGCAUACCCUGGACCAAGGCGUGCUGAAGCGGUGCAGAGUCCGGACUCUACCCUUGAGCCUUGAGGGCGAUGACUCGCUCGCACCAACGUUUUUCAUGGCCUUGGCUCCCGAGAACAUGCCAGAGCCAACGGAAGAAUAUGUCGACCGAGAAUACAGCACCGACAGUCUAACCCUGUCCAGCGAACGCGGGCGACUGAUUUACCUUUACCUUUCGUCAUACGUUCGCAAGCUGAUGAUCGACCUCCCGGAGGUUCAACGAACGUGGUCAAGCAACCAGAUCGGCGAUUACAAUUUUGGGGAUCUCUACCGGACCUUUCCGCCUGAAUUUGGCACGUUAUCGAUCAUUCAUGUUGCUAAGGCUUCGAAGCCACAUAUUAAAUGCAUCAUGCACAACGACCUUGACGCAGAUGAUAGUCAUCUACUCCGUGGGGAAAUACUGACUGUCAUCCGGAUCAUGCUGGGUCAACUGAAGCAGAAGGUGUUUGUCAAUCAUAUGGUAGCGCCGGUUCUACUGUUUUCUAUGAAUCGACGGCAUCCGCGUGUCAUUGAGGCAUACUUUGAUGGCCAGGAGCUGUUGAUGCGGCGCACUAGUUCCUAUGACUUUACGUUUUUGAAUGCAGAUGGGUUCAAGACCUUUGCACAGUGGUUCCUGGGCGGUCCGAUUGGUGAUACGUCUAGAGGGCUGGCCCGGACUUAAUGUUUGGAUCAUGGAUUGGCGGUGCUUGCGUUAAGGUGUUUUCAGGGUUCUAUAACAUCCUCAUGGGUCAAUGGGUCUUGGAACGGUUUAAUAUGUGCUCGUUCCUUCGUUUCUAUUCUUUGUAAAUCCAUCAUACCGAGUGAGUCUUUCAUAUGCUCGCCCCGUUAAGGGUUUUGUUUCAUAAAGCCGAAC